AUGCCUGUCGCGUGCUUUCUAGUAGAUGAUGGUGUACAUAGUCACGCAUUCACCUUGACCCAGUUGACUGGCCAUGCACUGAUCGUGAUAGCGUUCACGGAUCGAACGCUGAACCAAGCAGAGAUCGACUUGACCAACUUUGACCAGCACGGUUCUCUGUUUAGUCACACUCGGAUUUUUUCCUGUUCAUUUCCGCUCACCAGUUGUGUGCAACCACGAACUGCCAGAAUCCGCGGUAAGGUUGCGCCCGAGCCACAAGACACGUUGGGGUUUGAGUCAAAUGGGUGGUAG